UAGAAGCACAUGUGAGAAUACCACGCUGUUGCGUUACAUUACGUGCAAAAUGGCUUCUUGUAGUAUAGAAGACGUGCUUGCUAAGGCUGAAAGAGACGAGGCCGAAAAGCUUAAGAGUAUUACAGUCAACAAAGAGUUGGAUCUUGAAUUUGAUCCAGGUAGCUUGCUUGCGUUUGAUAAGAACCGGAUAGAUACCCGGGAAUUUAAAGGAAAUAAUCGGGAGGAGUUUCUGCGCUCCCUGGCAAGAGACAACACGCAACUACUCAUCAAUGAGAUAUGGAAACUACCAACCGAGAGAGUUGAAGAAGUAAUCGUGGCUAAGCUACCAGAUCCAACUACUGCACUGCCCAGGCAGAAGCCUGCACCCAAACCAAAACCUCCUACAAAAUGGGAACAGUUUGCCAAGCUGAAAGGCAUUCAGAAGAAAAAGAAGACAAACUUGGUCUGGGACGAAGUUCACAAGGAAUGGAAGAGACGAUGGGGAUACAAACGUGCCAAAGAUGAUACAAAGGAAUGGUUGAUAGAGGUACCAGAAAAAGCAGAUCCCAAUGAAGACCAGUUUGCAAAGAAAAAUAAGGCUAAGAAGGAGAGGGUGGCGAGAAAUGAAUACAACAGACUCAAGAACAUCGCCAGAGCUCAGAAGAUCAAGGUGCCAGGCAUGGGGCUCGCACCCACCCCUCAUCAGUCAAAAGCAGAGCUGGCACAGGCUGUGAGUAUUGCCAAGGUAUCCACUGCCUCUGUGGGUAAAUUUCAGGAGAACCUGCCCAAGGAGAAAACACCAAAGAACACAGGGAAAAAGAGAAAAUUCCAACCUCUUAUUGGUGACUUUGGUAGUGAGAAGCAAAAACAGCUGGAUUUAUUGAAACUAAUGGACAGUAAAAACCCACGGCUCAACAUCACUAAAGCAGUGAAUAAGCAAAUGAGGGAAGAGGACAUGGAAGCGGCUCGGGACAGAAGGAAGGCAUUUGGAAAGAAGGGACACAGAGGAAACAUGGCUGGUAAAGGAAAAGGCAAGGCUGGUGGAAAGGGAAAAGGUCCCAAAGGAAAAGCUCCCAAGGGAAAAGGACGUAAACCACCUAUGAAGCAUGGAAAGCGCUAAAACCUACAACACUGUGGACUUAAAACUUAUAAGAUUUUUAAAAUAUUGUAUGUGAGGUGCCAUGUCAGAUAUGGCAGGUGUCUUUAUUAUAUGACUAGGUGCCUUGGUCCUGGACUUUGAUUCUGUACAAUAUGUUACAACAGAUUGUUUUCUUUUCCUUUUUUUCAUUUGAAUAUUCAAAUAAUAAAAUGUACAAUUGUCAUUGUUGCAGUGCUGGGAAAUAACAGAAAAAUGGUGUUUCCCCAAAUGUGACUUUACAUCUUUGAAGUAUUCUUCUUCAUGUGAUAUUGCAAUAAAUUUAAAACAUCAGCAGAA